AUGUUGACACCUGACGGCAAACGCCAGGAAAGUAAAAUUUAUGGGGAAACCUUUUAUAUACCAGAAUAUCAAGAAGAUAAUCCUUCUUUUUAUCUCCAAAAUGGCAAGAAAAUCUCUCAAUUAACAACUCCAAUCAAAGGAUUCAAGAUAUACGUAUUUACAGAGGCUCUAGGUAACUUUUCUGCUCCAUUUACUAUUCAAGCUGUCCCUUCUUCUGAGCAGCAUAUUACAACUUUCGUUUCUGUUUCAUUUAAAGUAAGACCUGAUUUCGAAAAGUAUGGUUUGAGUGUCAUGAAUCAGGAUGGUAAGCAAAUUGUUUACAUGGAUAGCUCAGAAUUAGUUAAACAUCCAGAUGCGAUUUUCUUGGAUGGAGGAGAUUGGCUUAAAAAUGGCUUAAAAUAUCAUGCGAUAGGAGCAUUACAUGAUUUAGGUAUUAUUCACACACUUUCGCAAUCAUUAUUUUUAAAUCCUUAUUGUCUAGAGUCAAAUGAAAAAGAUUUAUACGUACAAUACGGUUUAAAUGGAUCAUUUAAUGUAACUCUAGGUAGGUUAUUUACAGAUACUUACUUUGCUUUUGAAUUUUUCGGAUUUUCCCAAACAGAUGAUGAAAAACUCCUCAGAGCUCUUAAAAACGCAAGUUUAAUAGCACAGCAAGCUAAAACUGGUGAUUUUGGUUGUACUUUUGACUUCGGAGCCCUUAGAUUUGCCAUUGCAAGAUAUCAUGAAGCUGGAUUUCCUCAUAGAAUGGUUGAUCCGAGGAUACUAACGCCCGACACUCAUAGAGAACUGCUAGAUAUUGUCCACCACGUUGCUAGUAUGUUCAAAAUGCUCGGAUAUAUCAUAGAAGAUGACGAAUUCAAAAGUUCUUUAACGAGGAACUUAGAACUGUUCAAAAAAGAAAAUAGUAUAAAGGAAAACUAUUGCGGUAGAAAGACGAUUAGAGUCUUAUUAUCAGCAACUUGUAAUUUUGACCAUAAAAGAUUGGAAAUUGCAGCUGGAAUACAAGGAAACGAUGAAAACCCUAGAUUAGAAAUAGAGGCUGACCCGAGAUUCAUCGGAAUUCCAGCUGUUACUGAUAUGAUUGACACAAUUCCAAAUAUGCAACAAAUUGUUACAAAAAUGUCGCAGGAAAUAACUAGAUCUACAUCAUCAACAAGGUCUUCUUGUGAAAGAUUAAACGAAAGACUCGUUCAAUGCGACAAAAGUUUGAAUUCAAUAAAAGUCACUUUAGAUGCAGUUUCUUCUUUAAGCAGUAUUAUCGAUGAGAAACUGGAAAAGGCGGGAAACUCAUUGGAAGAGGUCAUGGAAGCCCACGCAAAUGUUGAAGAGCAAAUUAUGGCUUUAAGUAAGAAAAUCAAUACAGAAUUCAGAGGUAAUGUAUUGUUUAUGCUUAUCCCAGCUAUAAUUGUCAUUCUUGUUAUCAAAAAAUUAAUUCUUUCCAUAUCAUAUAUUUAA